GCCGGCUCUCAGUUCGCUUUUUGCAAUCGUAUCGGUCAUCACCGUACGCAAGUUUACGCUCGCUCUCUACGCUACAUUUCCAAAACAUUUACGCCGCGAUUAAACCAAACGUUAACAACAAAACCGCAACGCUUCGAACUAUUAUCAACAAAAAAUUUUUUUUCAUUAAGUUAUAAUAAUCUCUUUUAGCUAACACUAAGUAAAUUAGUUCUGUGUAUUUAUUGUGCGACCGGAAGUGAACCUUUUUUGAAAAACUACAAAAGAACUUUCUGAAUAAGAAGAGAAAUAACCAAGAAAAAAAGGUGAUUUAAGAAAGGGUUUUGAUUUUUCGAUUUUUAAAGGGUGGGAUUGAAGUGGUUCUGUUCUAUUUAGUAAAGUGAGACUGUUCUAUUUUUUUUACGAAGGAGGAAAACCAGAGGCUCGUGGGGGAUGACUGCUGCAUCGCGCAGUGGGGCUUUCAAGGACGAAACAGGCCAAUCGCUCGUCACAAAAUGAUCGGGAAACGAUCCCGAUGGACCCUCCGCAAGCAGUCCAGGUUUAUUUCAGCGUGGGUCCGCGCCACGAAUCGGCUAUUUUCUAUUCCAACUCGUCGACGGACCAAAUCAAAGAUUUGUUUAGGUCCGCAGCAGAGGCUGGUCCGCGCGAUAUUAUAAAAUUGUACAACAAAUCUGGUCAUUUACUGAAUAUAAACCAAGAGCUGGAGGGUAACACCAAAGAGGAAAGAUACUCGCUGCAAGUAGUCGCGGCGAACGGUUUUGCAAUGCUCCAAGAGAAUACCGGAACGGACCUGAAAGUCCUCGAACAGAGAAUAUCCGAGUUAGAAAGACAACUAAAAGCCGACCUUCCGCUCCCAUCGGCUGUUAAACAACUUCAAAAUCAGGUGGACGCGUUCAGGGAGAAGCUGGAGACUACUGAGAGUCUUAGUUGGCUCGGUUUUUAUAAACAGUUACCAGAACCACUUUCGACCGAGGAAUGCAGAAGAUUACAAUACCGUAGACAAAGCGAUUCAAUUAAAAAGAGGGUAAAGCAAAAUUUUAUGAACAUAUGCGAUGCCGAGGUAUCUAAUUCUGUAAAACAAUGGUUGCGGAUGCCAACUUUCGACAGUCGACAGUGGGAAGACGAAGAACUCCUGCUACUUUUACAACAAAUGUAUCUCGAGUACGAUUUUUGUUCGAAGUUUGCUAUCGACAUCAACGUUCUGCGCAACUUCCUUUAUGAAACGUACAAGAACUACAAUGACGUGCCAUUCCAUAAUUUUAGACAUUGCUUUUGUGUUGCUCAAAUGAUGUAUGCGAUUACUUGGGCCGUUGAUUUACCAUCAAAAAUCGGCGAUCUCGAAGUAUUAAUCUUACUAACAUCAUGCAUAUGCCACGAUUUAGAUCACCCCGGUUAUAAUAAUAUUUAUCAAAUAAACGCAAAAACCGAAUUAGCGAUUAGAUACAACGAUAUAUCGCCUCUUGAAAAUCAUCAUUGUAGCGUUGCGUUUAGAAUUCUGGAGAAUGAAGACUGCAACAUUUUCAAAUCCUUCAGCGUUGAAAGUUUUAAGGUGGUGCGUGAAGGAAUGAUCCGAUGUAUUUUAGCAACGGAUAUGGCGAGACACAACGAGAUACUUUCGCAAUUUAAAGAAACCGUACCCGAUUUCGAUUAUAACAAUAAAGCUCACGUUAAUUUAUUGUGCAUGGUGUUGAUUAAAGUAUCGGAUAUUUCAAAUGAAGCUCGACCCAUGGAGGUAGCUGAGCCUUGGUUGGAUCGUUUGCUCCAAGAGUUUUUUAAACAAAGCGAUGCGGAGAAACUGGAGGGACUUCCGGUGACGCCUUUUAUGGAUAGGGAGAAGAUAACGAAACCUUCAUCUCAAUGUUCGUUCAUCGGUUUUGUACUUCUACCUUUAUUCGAAGCGUUAGGGGAACUUCUUACUGAAUUGCAGGAUUUAAUAGUUCAACCGGUGAGAGAGGCGUUAGAUUAUUAUAGGCGAUUAAACGAGGCGACCAAAGAGGAACGUUUGCAAAGGAAAAGCAUAGUUGCCGAAUUAUCGGACAUUCCAUCAUCACAAAGUUCGGACAGCGCGAAUACCGUCACUGUCCUAUCGAAAUCGAGCUCGAACGCGAGCGUCAAGCUAAAGAAGAGUCUCAGUUUCCAACAGAAUCGAUCGAGGUCUCGUUCGGCUGAAGAAGAAAUGGAAAUUCAAGAUACAACAACAAUGCCAACAACAUCCGGCGAAGAUCAAAGUUUAGAAGACGUAAUUGAAGAUAACGAAAGUGGGGAAUCUGAAACGGCGACGGAAGUUGAAGUAUCUGAAAAAACAUUAAAAUUUAAAAUAUCAACGGAAUGUGCCGCACCAUCUAGCGGUGGUUGUUUGUUAUCGACGGGUUCAGCAGGUAGGAAAAGUUAUCCGGGUUCAAGAAAAGGUAGUCGAGAACGUGUUCAACAUUUAAAUAGCACAGAACUAGCUCGGGCUAUGCAUAAUCAGCUCCAACAGCAACGCGGUAAAUUCCGAACUAGUUCUGGCGCGUUAAGUUUCGACCAUUAUUGUAAUAAUAGAAAACAAAAUCAACAGCAACAAGAAGAAUACGUUAAGGAAUUUCGAGACGAAUUCGCCAUAAUAUUACAAAAAAGGGGGUUGAUUGAUUUUGCAGGUGGUGAAGUAGCAGCUGGUGAUGCGACGCGAGACGAUGCGGACGAAGACUUUGAAGAUGAUUCUCAAGAAUGCGUGGUUUCAAAAGAAACUUUAAAUCUAAAUAAGCGCAAUUCGGAACAUUCGGUGAAAGCGAUGGAAGAAAAAAAAAGCAUACUGAAGAAUAAUAAUCAAGGAAACGACAUUGAAAACGGCAAUAAAGCCAACGAUUUUGAUCAGAGUUUAAUAGAAAGCAUAGUUAGGCAAGCUAGUGUCAGCAAAAAUGAAUUAAAUAGUAUAUCAUCAGUGGACGAAGAACCACCUCCACCAUCAACCAAAAACAACACAACAACCAGAAGUAUUCUUCAACGUUUUAAAAAUUUUGCCGAUAAACUCUCAUUAUCCGUUGAUCGGGAACCGACUAAAUCGAAACAAAAUGUUGUAAAAAAUAAUAAUUCGAAUCGUAUGACGCUGCCGUUACGAGGCCGGAAGAAAAACCUUGAAUCGCCUUGUUGUAAAAGUAUGGAAAAUGUCGAUGAUAACCGAAAAUCGAGUACUUUACCUAAAGCGAAAAUGACGAGUAUCAAGAAAAGUUGGAAAUUUUUGUUGAUGGGUAAAGAAAAGGUUGAAAAAGAUACUUCGGGCGAAACUUCGUGGUCAGCGGAAUUACCCGGUGAUAAACCAGACAAUCAAAAUCUUCCCGGCACAUCAACAAAUUGUACCAACAUAAGUGGAGAAAAUAAAAUUGUUGUAGAACAACCACAAAUGACUUGCGCCGCUUCUGCUGAUGUAAUUUGACAAGAGGCAACCGCUGUCGUCGUCGAGAUUGACCGCGAGUGUUUCGCUAGAUACAUUUUUUGUCGUUGUUGUACAUAUAAUAAGCCCGUGGUUGCUACGGAGCACGUCUAAAAAAAUAUUGACUCCUGGUGUUAUGUUACUUCCGUUUGUGUUGUUAAAAAAAUGUACGGAGGACGUGACGUGACUUUUUACACACAGUUCUUUUCUUCUAUUUUUAUUUUUGUUCUAGCGCAUUAUUUAUUU